AUGGAUUACUUUAUACUUUUGAUAAUAUUCGUAUCGACAUGCGUCGCAGGUCCGCCAAAAUGUCGCCUUUCUGAAUUUUUAUGCGAUUCGGGUCAUUGUGUUGCUUUAGACAGAUUUUGCAAUGGAGAAAAUGAUUGCGGAGAUAAAAGCGACGAACCCAGAUAUUGCACUCACGUUUUCGGUUUUUCAUAUUCGAAUAAAAUUGACCGUUACUUAUAUAUAUAUAUUUGA